UCACGCCAGUCGCUCGCAGACUACAGCGUCCCUCCGUGCUACGACGCCGCCUAACACCCAACCACCCGACGGAACGAAGAUAGAGAGUACGCCCGUACACGCGUCGAGUUCCAACAAGACCCACACAGCCAAGGCCGUCCACGGGAAGAAUAGUCUGGCGGUUCAACGCCCGCAAUACGCCAAAGGGAUGCACUCUAAAAUUAGCGAAAUAGACUUUGAUAGCUUUCUGGAGCUGUUCAUGCCGGGUCCGGAUAUGCCAGCUGAGCUGGCGAACAAGAUCCCUGUCAUGGACAAUACGGUCCUACUGGGGACGAAAGAGACCAUUAUCUGUGAUGAAUUAUGCAAGGUUGCACAACCGAUCCUCGAUCACUGCCCUAGUGAAGACAAGCUGGUGGCAAAGAACACGAGCCACAAUCCUGACAACAGCGAUAAAGGAGACUAUGGCGAGAAGUUGAAGGUCGACGUUUCAUUCUACCCCGUCGACGACGACGCUCAGCGUGACUACAUCCGCCCUGAGUUGACAACCCCGCGUGCGGCCACUCGCUGGGCAUGGAUCUCAUUGUUCGUAGAGAUCAAGACAGCGCACAACAACUGCGCACUGCGGUUCGAGGACAAGAGAGUCACGAAGAAGGACCGCCGACGCAAGAAGGCUGCGGACGGCGGCGAGGAUGGCGGCGGCGAUGCCGAAGAUCUUGAUGGCCCUCAGGAAUCCGCUGCGGUAGACAAGGGCAAGGGGCGCUCUACCGACGACGGUGACCCGCCGAAACCGAAACCGAAACCAAAACCGAAGCCUUUCAUUCGUACUGGCGACUCGGGGGACAACGCACUCGGGCAAGUCGGGGAGUACGUCGCGAAGCUGUUCAGGCGGCAACACCGGCUGCACGUCUUCACGCUCUACGUCUUCAAGGGCCAGGCCCGUGUCAUUCGCUCUGACCGCGCCGGUUCAAUCGUGUCGACGGCUAUUGACUUCGAGAAGGAUCCCUCUUUGCUGCACAAGAUCAUAUGGCGAUAUGCGUGCCUGACGCAAGCCCAGCGCGGGUUCGAUCCGUCGGUGGUGCGAGCAACGCAGGAGGAGAUCAACGCCAUGAGAUCGUGUCCAACUAGCAAUGACGCGGCCAAGACCUAUCGCAGUGCCGCUCUGGAUAAGCCUGGCUGGCUGGUGUACAAGAUCACGAUGCGGCGCACGGACUUGAUCAACCAGCGGGAGAUGCAACCGAUCGCCGACGAAUAUUACGAACCCGACGAACCGAAGGCGCCGAACGAUGCUGCGGCGACUUCGAAUGAGUUAUGCUUCAUCGUCGGCAGGCACCUCUCUGCCACGGAUUCCCCGACUGGGCGAGGAAUGAGAGGCUACGUCGCCUAUGACGUGUCGCAUCGACGGUUGGUGUUUCUCAAGGACUAUUGGCGACCAUGUAUCGAGAGCUCGCUGUACGAAGGGGAGGUGUUGCAUUCACUGAGAAAAGGCGGGGUGCGAUACGUCCCAACGCCUCUGGCUGCCGGGGUCGUGCAGGAUGAGGCCGGCGUCCAGAAGACAUGUACGCAGGCGUUCUUGCCGAAAGAUGAGAGGACGGGGUGUAGUGCCCCCGCACAAGAGCACUAUCGUCUCGCCAUCAAGGAGAUUGGUGCACCGCUUGACGAACAUGAAAGUCCAUACGAACUCGUCAAGGUGAUAUGGCAUGCGCUCUACGGGCACAGACAGGCGUGGGAGCUGAAGGAACUUCUUCAUCGAGACAUCAGUGCCGGCAACAUUCUCAUCCUCCGCUACUUCGACAAGAACGGUAAAAUGCGGUCUAUAGGCAUUCUCAUCGAUUGGGACCUAUGCAAGAAAAAGAAGUAUCUCGAGACGGUGUUACGUCCAGCUCGCUCGGGUACGUGGCAGUUUAUGUCUGCGCGGCUACUCCGCAAUCCAGGGAAGAGACACGAGGUCGCGGAUGAUCUGGAAGCAUGCAUUCAUGUCCUCAAUUGGAUGUCUUUGCGCUUCAUCAAGCACAGCUUGACGACGAUUCCAAGUUUACUCUUGUCGCGCAUGCUGGUCUUAUACGAGGAGCAAGGUGUCGAGAAGGGUGACCAAUACAAGGCAGAGGUUGGUGGCGCACAGAAGCUCGAGUCCAUACGUAGCGGCAGACCAGCCGUCGAAGUCGCUCAGGACACUCCACUGGGCAGACUUCUUCGACGCCUCGCUACAAGUUGCCAACAACACUACCACGCGGUCGAGCCUGUCAUUGACCUCAAGUCGGAGUCGAGCAGUGCCCUGGCAGGAGCCCGAUCGGUUGCCCAUGAAGCACUGCCCAACUUGACGAACCCGUUCAAGGACAAUGCGCGAAAUAAGACGGUGGCAGCACCUAACGUUGAUGCCUACGAAGCGCUUUCGAAUCACGUGGAGGUGUUCGAUGCUUUCUGGGAUGCUCUCUGCGAGCCAGCCGAGGAGUGGGCGAAAGUCACUCGAACCAACGAUCAAUUCAAGGAGCCUGAGUUCGAGUGUUCCGCCGUUACUCAGCGCAGUGCAGCGCAGUCCAGCCAGCGGUCGUCGGCUUCGAAGCGGUCUCUCGAGGAAGAAUCGGUGGACUCGGAGCGACCUGGGCCCGCCAAACGAGCGAGGAGUACGACGACGGACCUUCAGUCGUUGCAGGAAAUACGGGAGGAGUAAUGAUGCCUUGCUGCGUUUGUUCCGUUUCAUACCUUCCCUGUAUUUAAGUGAGUCGGACUGCGUCGUGUGCAGAUACUAUCCGGACGAGUGUGUCUGCGUAGAUUUUCUUAUCGUCCUUGUUUGUAAUAUGCUCGUACGCUGUUGUCUCCUGUGAUCAAUCAUUAACUAUCACUGCUCCUCUGUGAUCACCCUGUAUGCGCUACGG